UCUUAUGGUUUCGCUCUUUGCCGCAUCUGCUGCGAGAAUGAAGACCAUUCUCAGCAAUCAGACUGUCGACAUUCCAGAAAAUGCUGACAUCACUCUUAAGGGACGCACAGUUAUUGUGAAGGGUCCCAGAGGAACCCUGCGGAGGGACUUCAAUCACAUCAAUGUAGAACUUAGUCUCCUCGGAAAGAAAAAGAGGCUCCGGGUUGACAAAUGGUGGGGAAAUAGAAAGGAACUGGCUACCGUGCGCACUAUUCGUAGUCAUGUACAGAACAUGAUCAAGGGUGUUACACUGGGCUUCCAUUACAAGAUGAGGUCUGUGUAUGCUCACUUUCCCAUCAGCGUCAUUAUCCAGGAGAAUGGGUCUCUUGUUGAAAUACGAAAUUUCUUAGGUGAAAAAUACAUCCACAGGGUUCGGAUGAGGCCAGGUGUUGCUUGUUCAGUGUCUCAAGCACAGAAAGAUGAGUUGAUCCUUGAAGGAAAUGACAUUGAGCUUGUUUCAAAUUCGGCUGCUUUGAUUCAGCAAGCCACAACAGUUAAAAACAAGGAUAUCAGAAAAUUUUUGGAUGGUAUCUAUGUCUCUGAAAAAGGAACAGUUCAGCAGGCUGAUGAAUAAGAUCUAAGAGUUGUCCAGCCACAUGAAGAUGCCACAUGAUUACUAAGAUGUAUUUGUAAUUUUGAUGAUGCAAUAAAAGACCUAUUGGUUUGGGACUUUUCCUUAAA